UAGAAUGGUUUUACGAUUUGCUUUUAUGUGUCUCAUUCAAGCUUGGAUUCUAGAUUCCAGUGACAGAUGCAUAAGGGCUGGUAGUUUAGUAUGUUGUCCGGGAUUCCGGUAUAAUAGGAGAACAGACAAAUGUGAGGAAUGCCCACUUGGGUACUUUCAUUGGGACUGUUCUAGAAAAUGUGAUUAUCCAUAUUACGGCAAGGACUGUCAAAAGAAAUGUUUAUGUACAAGAGAACUUUGUAAUGUUUCCUUCGGCUGUACAGAAUCUGAAGGGCAAGAAGAACGUGUCUCCCUUCCGAAUUUAAAAAACGGAAGUAAGAUUUUCUCAAGCAUCGCAUAUUCAUAUAACAAAAUUACUACAGUUUCCUUAUCUAUCAGAAACGAUAAACUGGGUGACAAGAAUAGUGUACGUACGUAUAUUCCUAUCCAGUGGGAUACCAAUACUCGAGAGAUUAUUACUCAAGUAGUUGAGGAAACCAACAGCACAUUUUUGUCAAGCACCACAGGAUUUAUUAUACUAAGUUUAGUGGGAUUAUUUGUUUUGUUGUUUGCAAUCCUUGUUGUAUCAAUUGUUUACAAAAUGUUUUUCCAAAAACCUACAAUGAUCAGUUCCGUUGACAAAGGUUCUGUAAAAGAAAACACCAACUACUCACCAAUUCUAGAGCAAACGGAUAAUGAACGAAGAUCAGUUUUACAGGCGUGUCGUAUUACCAGUGAUGUCACUUCAUAUUUAUCGCCAUUGCAUUUAAGUACAAGUCGGUAUGAGGAAAUCGAUUUAAAUGCUUUUCCAAUUGAAUCAAAAUACUAUGAAAUUGGAAACGUACCAGAGGUACAGCAUGACACGUACUUGACCCCUCAAACUGUUUCAGAUCAAGUGUACAUAGAAAUCAUGAAUUGA